AAGACGGACUGGUCCGAGCCCUGGUUGGUGGGGCUGGCGGUUUUCCACGUCCUCUGCUUCCUCCUGACGUGUGUUUCUUUCCAGCACUACCGGGUGCAGAUCGGGCACUUCCUCUGCAUGGUGGGUUUAGUAUACUGCGCUGAAUAUAUAAAUGAAUUAGCAGCCGUGAAUUGGAGGCUGUUUUCUAAAUACCAGUACUUUGAUUCAAGAGGAAUGUUUAUUUCGCUAGUAUUUUCAGCACCACUGCUGGUGAACACUAUUAUAAUUGUGGUCACCUGGGUUUACAGAACCUUGAAUGUAAUGACUGAACUGAAGACACUGCAGAAGAAAAUGAAAGCAGAAAAAGAGAAAAAGAAAUGAAAGCACCUAACACUGGUUUUGUUGUUGGUUUUUUUUUUUAAAUUGUAAUAAUACUUGUCCAGGUAAUCAGUCCUUCUGUGUGUUUAUCCAGA